AUUUCGCCACAUAUACGGUCACACUUCUGCACUGUGGAUUUUUCGCAAUUUGACAUUAAUUUUAUUCGAUCGGCUCGGUCAAAAUGUACCGCACUCAGAUCUGCAGGCCCUAAGCAGACGCCUAAGGUUCAACUCUACCCCGUUCGCGGCUGCAUCCUUUCACCUGCGCAGGUGAAACGCUAGAACGGCAACCACAGCCCUGGUGAAACAGAGUCGGCAAAGGAGUGUUCAAGAGGGGGGAGGAGCAGUACGGCGGAAGGCAAAAGUCUUUUAAGGGGAAACAGCGCACAAAAGCCAGGUAACCAAAGUUUUGCAGGCAUGGAAAGUCCCUGUGAAUCCGAAAGUUCGCUGGACGGCGGCACCAUGCUGCCACCAAGCCCAGUUUCCCGGGAGCAGCUCCAGAAGAGGAUAGAAUCGCUUACCCAGCAGAACAAGGUUCUGAAAGCCGAGUUGGAUACCUUCAAGACCAAGUGCAAAGUGGUGCAAGAGGAGAAUCGCUGCCUCAAGCAAGCCUCAGUCAUCAUUCAAGCCAAAGCCGAGCAGGAGGAAGAGUACAUCUCGAACACACUGCUGAAAAAGAUUCAGGCCCUGAAAAAGGAGAAGGAGACUCUGGCGCACCACUACGAGCGCGAGGAGGAGUGUCUGACCAACGAUCUCUCCCGGAAGCUCGACCAGCUGCGUCAGGAGAAGUGCAAGCUGGAGCAGACACUUGAGCAGGAGCAGGAGUGCCUCGUCAACAAGCUCAUGCGCAAGAUUGAGAAGCUCCAGGCGGAGACGGACAACAAGCAGACCAAUCUCGAGCAGCUGCGCCGCGAAAUGGUCGAGUUGGAGAACACGCUAGAGCAGGAACAGGAGGCUCUUGUAAACAAGCUGUGGAAGCGCAUGGAUAAGCUGGAGACCGAGAAGCGUUCGCUGCAAAUCAAGCUGGAUCAGCCGGUUUCCGAUCCGACCACGCCGCGAGACAUCACAAACAACGCCCAUGCCAAUGGUGGCGAUACGGCCACCAGUUUGAGUGCUCAUAUCCAGAUUCUGCGCUCCGAAGUGCUUCGCUAUCGCUCAGACCUGGCGACCGCCCAGAAGGAGGCUACCAUCAAAACACAGCAGUAUGCGCAGGAAGAGAAGUCUAUUCGCGAGGAAAACGCUCGCCUUCAGCGCAAGCUGAAGCAGGAGGUGGAGCGUCGCGAAGCCCUAUGCCGGCACCUCUCUGAAUCGGAAUCCUCGCUGGAGAUGGACGAGGAACGCUUCUACAACGAGAACCUGAUGGGAGGCGGUUCGUUCGCUGUAGCGACGGCAGCAGCCGCGGCCGCAGCUUCGGCGGUGAGCGCCCAGCGGCAACGCACCAUCAGCAGUCCCGUCUCCCACAGUCCCUCGAGUAGCCGACCUCUAAGUCCGGGCACGGCGGUGCAAAACCGCUGCUAUGCCUGCGGCCAGCUAGUGAAUCGUCGUGCCAGCGAACGCUUCAUCAAGCCAGCACUGCCAACGCCCAUGCUGGGCCUGAACACUUCUGCACCCAACGUGCUGACCUCAACGAACCCACUGCUGGGCAUUUUGGGAACAGGCAGCUCCUCAUCGUCUGCGUCCGUGUCAGCUGGGAAUGCCGCUGGCGGCUUUCUCUCGAAUCUGGGAGGCGAACGCCUAAGCCUUGGCUCGUCGAAUUCGGCUGGCGGCAGUGCCACCUUCUUGGCCGGCGGUGGAGGUGGAGGUCUGCUGGCCCAUCUCACUAGCCACUCCAGCGCUUCGUCGUCAUCGUCCAAUUUGAUGAACAUCAGCCUGAACAACUCGUCCAGCGGCAAUCUUGUUAACAGCAGCAGCAACUCCUCACUGUCGGCGUUCACGCCAACCAAUCCGCCCAGCUCGGCGGCCACGGCCUUUAUCCAGCCAGCCAGUCCCAUGGACACGUCCACCUGCAAGGACUAGGAGGAUGCAGUAGCUCUCGCACAGGGAUACAGAAAAAUCAUGACUUAUUCACACACUUUCACACGAAAACACACUAUAUUCAUAAACACGCACGCAUGCAAGCAACCAGUUUAACGAUCCUAAAAACAUAAGAAAACACAGAAACAAAAGAUGAGAAAGUAAACUAUCGUAAGCUUCUCCAGGGCGACUCAAAGUCGCCUCAUUUAUAUAUGGUUAAUAUGUAUAUGUAUGUUCUAUUUGAUCAAAAUCUCUUAAAACCUUUCAAUAACGGAAUUCCUAGGCGAACGAAUAUUUAGCGCUAAUGUUUAAGAUUUGAAUGUUUUUCUAAUUUCGCUCGGUUCCAGUUAAAGUUAAGUGAAACACAGCUAAUAAUGAGAUAUGGAGGAUAUAGGGGAUGAGAAUGAGGAUGGACAGCACACGCUAACCAGAUCGUAUGAAUUUAUAAAAAGGGUGAAUUCUAUUCAUGUCGAAACCAUUUUCCCACAAUUCCUUCGCAUGUGGGCCUAAAAAUUUUGAAGUAUGUUUAUGUAAGCCAACAAAAAUAAAGUUCAACAAUUUAAAAUUAAAUAAAAA